CCUCUCUUUCUCUCUCUAAAAUUAAAAACCUUUUGAACUUGUAUAAAUACCCCCACACAUGCAACAACUCUCUUGACAUACCCAAUUCGCAUCUCUCACUCUUUCUGUCUCACUUUCAGUCUCUGAUCCCUCCCACGAUCAAAACCCACUUCACUUUCUCUUUCUAUAUAUAUAUUCACUUUCUCUCUCUAUAUCUCAUGGCGGAACUUGAGUACCAUCAAACUAAACCAAGCAACAACACAACCAGUAAUGGACGCUUAAAGCUGUUUGGCUUCAACGUGUCAGAGGACGAAGAGGUAGACUCAACCAAGACACCAUCUGGGUCGCCGGAAUCCGGCGGUUUUCCGGCGACGGACGGCCGGAAAUACGAGUGCCAGUACUGCUGCCGAGAAUUCGCCAACUCCCAAGCAUUGGGUGGCCACCAAAACGCUCACAAGAAAGAGAGACAACAAUUGAAGCGUGCACAAAUGCAAGCGAGUCGAAACGCCGCCGUUUCCUACAUCCGGAACCCGAUUGUCUCGGCUUUCGCUCCGCCGCCGCACCUCCUCGCCUCGGCGGGAUCGGUGGUGGUUCCGGCUGCGGCGGCACAGUCGCCGUCGUGGGUGUACCUCCCACGCGCGGCGCCGCCCUUCCACGUGUCGCAUGGGUGCGUGUUUCCUUCCUCAAGUGGGAGAGGAGGUCCAGGGAGUUUAGUGUAUGCCGGCGGUGUAGCGGAGUCGACCAUGACGUCUGGGUCCCACACUCAGCAGGCCUCGGCCCAUGGAAGAGUUGAUGGGCCUUCGUUGAGUAGGUUCUCGAGAGGUGAUGGUGAGCCCAGUUUUGAUGACGCAUUCGGCUUGGAUUUGCAUCUGAGCCUCGCGCCAGCCGCGCCAUGAACUUGGCUUGGCUUGUUCCACUAGUUUGGGGGACUCAAGAGCUUAUAUGGCUUGCUUUGUUGGAUUCAGCUGAUGUUAAUUUCCCCAGUCGGAUCUUGUAAAUUUUCAAACUUAUUUAUUUAAUUUUUUCAUGGAAUUGAAGUAAUCUCACUGCUACAUGACUUACCAAUCUACCAUUUUG